AUGUUUGCCAAAGCAACAAGGAAUUUUCUUAAAGAAGUUGAUUCUGGAGGUGACCUGAUUCCAGUAUCAACCUUGAAUGACUCUGAUAAAUUACAGCUUCUAGGUCUGGUGACCAAAAAAAAGAGACUCUGGUGCUGGCAGAGACCCAAGUACCAGUUUUUAUCUGUCACCCUUGGAGAUGUGCUUACAGGAGACCAGUUUCGGAGUCCAGCGGUUGUGGAGUCGGACUUUGUGAAAUAUGAGGGCAAGUUUCAAAACCAGCUGAGUGGGUCCAUCGAGACGGCACUAGGGAAGGUCAAGCUGAGUAUUGGAGGCAAAGGCCUUGUGGAAAGGCAGUCUUCAUUUGGAACCCUGAGGAAGCAGGAGGUGGAUUUGCAGCAGCUCAUGAGAGAUUCCACUCACAGAGCAAUAAAUCUGGGAAAUCCUGUGCUGCAGCAGGUGCUGGAGAGGAAGAAUGAAGUCCUGUGCGUCCUGACACAGAAGAUAGUGACCACGCAGCAGUGUGUGAUCUGGGAGCACGUUCAGGUGGAGGAGCAGUGCGGCGGCAUGGUGGGGAUCCAAACAAAGGUGGUGCAGGUGUCAGCAAAGGAGGAUGGGAGUGUCAUCAAGGACACCAACGUGGUGCUGGAGAUCCCGGCUCCCACCACCAUAGCCUACGGCGUCAUCGAGUUGUACGUGAAACUGGAUGGCCAGUUUGAAUUCUGCCUCCUACAAGGGAAGCAUGGUGGCUUUGAGAUUCACAGAAGUGACUAUGUCUUCCUGGACCUUCCGUCCUUUGAAGAGUUUCCAUUUUGGGAAAUGCCAGAUUCUGGACCAGGACCAUCUGCCCUGGAUUGGCCGCUGAAUGUUUUAAAACAAGGGACUCUGCUCUUGGAGAGGGAUUUCCAUCUGUUUUUGGAGCUGCCAGAACAGCAACAGACAGCACUUAGUGACAUCCUCCAGGCGGUCCUGUUCGAUGAAGAAUUGCUUGUGGUCCUGGAACAAGUGUGUGAGGACAUAUUAAGUGGCCUGUCACUCCCAAUGGCAAUACUGGGGAAGCUGAAGCCCCCACAGCAGCAGGACCUCAUGGCUUUCCUGUGUCUGGUGGGGUACAGAAUGCAGGGCAAGUGUCCAGGCCCAGAGGAUACAAUCAGCAACCAGGAGCUCUUUUCUACAGCCUACUUCUUGGUCAGUGCACUAGCAGAAAUGCCAGACAAUGCAGCGGUUCUGCUGGGUGUUUGCUGUAAACUCCAGAUUAUUCCUGCGCUGUGUCACUUGUUUCAUGGUCUCUCGGCUGAUGGAGUAUCUGAUCUUAAAAACCCAAUCUUGGCUCCUCUGAAGGAUCUAGAAAGGUUUGGUGUCGCACAGCGUUUGUUUGCCACAGUCAACAUGAACCUGGAGAGACUGCCGUCAUCCAUAAAAGUUGUCACCGAGGAGGACCCCAACACUGUCCCACGAAUUCUUUAUAUAAGCCUCAGUGGGCUCUGUGCUUUACGCAGAGCACAUUAA